AUGGACGCCGAUGAAGAAAGCGAAUUUGAAGAAACUGAUAAUGAAUCUGAUCUCACGGACGACGACUCGGAUGAGCAAGAGCAAAAUUUGUCGGAAGCAGAAGAGCUCUUCGAGAGCAUUAAAGAUAGUCUUGCGAGUCUCUUCCGAUUGGCAGUGGUGAUACGCAAUUCUAGUCCGCGCGACCGUUACGCUCGGGCUCUAGGCGGAAAAAACCCAUUCAACGAACAAUUCGACGUUGCCCAUGUCGGAGAGAAAUUCCCUAAGCUCAACGUUGACUCCAACGUGUGGCUUAAGGACCGCAUUGGCAAAGCCAUUGCGCAACGCAGGCAGUACUUAUGCUACGCCAGGGAACAUCGAUACAAGCUUGGGAAAGAGCCUGUUGAGCUCUGGAAACCGGCGGUUGAAGUCCCCAAAGCCUUUCUUCAAGCCCAGUCGCAGGCGGCUAGGACAAGCAACAGUAGGCCAUUGACCACGGUAGCGGACACAACUGCAUCAACACUUUUCCUCCAAGAGACGCCCCAGAUUGAGAUGGACUUCCGCGAUGAUCAGUCUCAGACGUCUUUCGCCUUCUCGAAGGGAGGUGAAGAGAGCCAGGACAAGAUUCAGCUGCCAAGGCUUUCCGAGGUUGCCAAAGGCCAAGCGUCGUUCGAAUGUCCUUUUUGUUGGACCAUGCAAGCUAUCCGCAAAGAAAGUGCUUGGAGGAAGCAUGCACUUGCAGACUUGCGACCCUAUGUGUGCACCUUUGGAAAUUGCGACGUGAAGCUAUUUGCAGAUCGCAAAACAUGGUUCGAACACGAGCUGCAAACGCACCGGGCGACAUGGCGCUGCCAUUUCUGUAACCAUGACGACUUUCCGGUCAAGGAAGCGUUGCAGAAUCACAUGCACCACAAACACAGUCAGAUUGGGGAAGACCAACUUGGAGCAUUGCUGGAUGCAGGAAGGCGACCGAACACGUUCUUCAAGGCCUCGGACUGCGACAUGUGGGGUCUCAUAUGCAAGAUCUGGCGCUUUUUGCGAUACCUCGAGGUUAUCUGGAGGGAGAUGGCGAUGCUGAUUCCGCUGCUAGCGCUAGGGCAGCUGGUGCUGUCCCCGGUGGACCUUAAAGCGUGCAUUGAAGCAAUCAACACGUCUUUGUCAAUGCCUAGCCCUGCUUUCGAGGAGCAACUCAUCGCAGUUUUGCCGGGCCUGAGUGUGCCACAGUUUAUUGGUGUGAAGAUGAGUCGUGAUCUCUCACGGAGGAUCAAGAAUUUGUCCGAUUUCCGUUUUCGAAUCAUUGUAGAGGCGGCAUGUUGCGGUCCAACGGGAGCUAACGCACGAUGGCUGCGCAAAUGGGAGUCAAGCGCUCCAGGCUCGCUCACAUGGUUGAGCAUCGUCAUUCGCAUUCUGACGAAACGAUAUAAUUUCGACACAUCCGAGGACUUCACGGAUUUGAAUCAAAGACACAGGCAGUACCUGGGAAGUUUGAUUGGCUGCCCAUCUUGGGUCAUCAAUGCUUUGGAAUACGUCUUUGCUCAUGGGAUCGCAGUCACUCCUGGUCCAAUUCCAGAAGAUCGUAUCAUGCGGGACAUUGAUGUACUUAGAGCGAGUUUCGCUGCUAUCGGCCGGAGUAACGAAAACCCCGUCAUCCCUCAAGUGAGCGGGGUUCUUGGGUUCCAAGAAGCUGCAUGGACACUCAUCGUGAUCAAGCGCUGGUGGAGACUUUACAAACAGACUAAGAUACUGGAAAAACUCUUAACCUCCAUCAGCCAGGAUAAUCCUUUACUUGAUGGCCCCGCAUGGCUGCCAGUUCUGUCCAGAUAUCCUAUCUUUACCGAAUGUCCCGACUUCCUGGAUGCGGUCAGACCACAUAUACAACUCCAAGGAUACGACGCCAACCAGUUGAUUCUUGGCAAACGUGACUGUUCUACGUCGAUAGGCUGGCUCAUCACCGGAACCACCUGGUAUAUUGCAACAUACAAUCAGAACAACCAAAGGCGCGAAUGGGUGACUGAGGAGACUGGGGUUACAAUCGGACUGGUAGACACCCUCUUCGGUCUUCCAUCUCUCAUCGAACACCGGACGAAAACGCCAUGUCUACUGGCGACGCUACCUAACGUCACUUUUAACGAGCUUGCGAAAAGCUCUCCUGGAGUAGUAGAGCACAUAACAGCGAAGGAUUUUGGCGCAUCCUUCGACCUCACUCAAGAAUGUCUUCGAAUUGAGGUUGAGUUUGGACAUCCUUGGUGGCACAUUUUCCAUACCUUACCAUCUACCGAGGUAAACCGAGCUGAGGUGGUCGCACGAAUCCUGCAGUCUAUACCAGACCCUCAAGUCAUCCUUCUCCUGCAGCGGACUAUCGAUAACAUCCAACACACGCCCCUGGAUCUUGCUGCUGACAUUGACGACAUUGAGACUGCAAAGGUCCUUCUGGAAUACGGUGCCCCAGUCCUGCUUCAGACCGUGAGAAUAGUGCUGCGGAACUCCAACUUGGAGUUCAUGGAGCUCAUUCUCAAUCGACGUGGCGCUGCUGAAGCGGCAAAUAGACUGCUACGCAAUGGGAACAAGGAAGAUGUAGCGAAAUUCCAGAAUUUACUGAAGGAACUACAGGGCAGCGUGCCAGUAAAUCUCGCGGUCGAAAGAGACUACAACGUCGCUUUGGUGGAGCCGAGAGAUAUUUCUGAAGGCGAGAUUGAAGCUCCGGACGAGGAUACGAACGAGCCUGACGACUUAAUUCUCGAAGACGAUAUUCCAUUCUCGCGUGAUGACUUCGCAGCCGCGAUUGAGAAUUGCUUCAAAAACGACGACGCUACUACUGAGUCUACUAGUCAUGUUGGCCAACUACUCGAAGCAUUCCCAGACAAAGCGACGGCUUCUGCCUUCCUCAACAGCAUAGCUUUAUAUAACGAUGGUGGCUUCUCGCCCGUAACGGGUGCUAUAAAACACGACCGCUUGGAGUUGUUGGCCAUCCUAUUGAAGAAUGAUAUCGAUACAAAUGCUGCUGACGCUAAUGGGUUGUAUCCGCUGGAUCUUGCCAUGUCGAGCACCGAACGACGUACGGAGAAAUGCGUCUUGCUACUUGAUCACGGCGCAACGAAAAGCAGUCAAGAUCGCCGAGCUGAACUAGCGCAGUUGAAAGAGCAGAUCCGCAUCGCGAAAGACCAUGGUAGUGAAUGGUCUGAGAUACUACAGCGCGCGGCAACUUCGGAGGAGUCGUUGGCGCUCGUGCAGAACAUCCUGGAGAAGGCGGAGCACCCGCGAUUGACCGCAAACAUCCUUCUUCCUUCCGGCCAGACAGCACUCGAUGUUGCGAUAGCCCAAAACAACGCCGAUCUAGUGCUGCUGCUCCUGCAGCACGAGGCUUGGCCUGCAGAAAACUCGGCGCUGGUAGCUGCAGAGGCGAAUUCCGAUUUGGAUCCAAGGAUUGUUGGUGCCAUGCGCAAACAUCUUCCUGUUGCCUUCAAGAACUCCACAGCGGCGCAAGCAAUCAAGAGCGAGGCGCCGGACGAAAAUGCAAAUGGGAAUGAAGGAACGGAUACGGAAGCCGAGCAAACGACGGCCGGCGAACACAACGAUAAUUCUCAAAAGGCGCCAAUCGAUACAGAUGAGAAAGCACAAAUCGAUGCAAACGAGAUAGAAGAUGAGCCUAUGACUGCAGACACUGGGAAAUUAGAUUACGAAUCUACUGCAGCACAUGCUGAUACUACCCAAGAGACUUGUCAAUCGUCUUCGGGCCCUGGGCUUGCCGAGCAGGCCACGCAAGUUGCAGUCCACGAAAAAGCACAAACCGGAGAGCAGGUGAAGAUAGGUUAA